AUGACUGAGAAAAGGGAGGACCUCCAAGACCUCGGAAAAUAUUCAUACCCCAAUGAAGGCGAUGUCGAGCGCGCCAUCGCCGAGGACGGCGUCUUUGGAACCAUUACGGAAGACGGCCCAAACUAUCGCAAUCUCGGAUGGAUUGGAACGUCUGUUAUUAUGAUGAAGAUCCAGAUUGGCCUCGGCGUAUUGUCCAUUCCGUCAGCAUUUGAUACAUUGGGCUUGAUUCCCGGAGUGAUUUGUCUACUUUGCAUUGCUUUUUCUACCACAUGGUCCAGCUAUAUAGUUGGUGUCUUUAAGCUGAACCAUCGCGAAGUGUACGGCAUUGAUGAUGCUACUUCCCUGAUUCUGGGGCCGGUUGGUCGAGAAAUCCUAGGAGCUGGAUUCAUGCUUUAUCUGGUCUUUGCGGCUGCCUCUGGAAUGUUAAGCAUCUCGAUCGCUCUCAAUACCGUUUCUACUCACGGUGCAUGCACUGCUGUCUUCGUUGGGACCGCUGCUAUUUGUAUCCUUUUACUCGCUAGUAUUCGGACUCUGGACCGCAUCAGCAUCCUGGCAUGGCUAGGGCUAGUAACUCUUCUUUGUUCCCUCUUUACCGUGACAAUUGCUAUUGCCAUUCAGGAUCAUCCAGACUCUGCCCCACCUGGGCCUUGGGUCUCCGACUACAAGUUAUUCAAUAAUCCAACAUUCACGGAUGCGAUCUCGGCUGUAUCCCAGUUUGUCUUUGCAUAUGCGGGACCCCCGUUCUUUUUCCCAGUCAUUUCUGAGAUGCGUAAGCCUCAGGACUAUCCCAAAGCACUGGCUCUCUGUCAAACCAUUGUCACUAUAACAUAUGUGGUUAUUGGCAUUGUGGUUUACUAUUAUUGCGGAUCUUAUGUUGCAUCCCCUGCCCUUGGUUCGGCUGGAAAGCUGAUUAAACAGAUCUCAUAUGGGGUGGCUCUGCCGGGGAUACUUAUCGCCUCAACUAUUAGCACUCAUCUGGCCAGCAAGUACGUUUUUGUCCGGAUACUACGGAACUCCGACCAUCUGGUUGCCAACACAUUCGUGCAUUGGGGAACCUGGCUAGCCUCUGUCGUGACGCUUGUUAUUAUUGAGUAUUGUAUUUCAAGCGGAAUCCCAAUAUUUGACAGUCUUGUCUCGCUGAUCGGAUCUCUUUUGGCAACAUUACAGUGUUACCAGCCAAUGGCUGGUAUAUGGUUAUAUGAUAACUGGAGCAAUAGGCAGCGGCCUCUGGUGUGGGUGAUCCUGGUAUGUUGGAGUUUCUUGAUGAUUAUCGGCGGGACAUUCUUGAUGAUUGGUGGCACUUAUGGCGCCAUUGCCGGAAUAAUAGAUUCCUUCAAGUCCAGCGAACGACCAGGGAUUUGGUCUUGUGCUGAUAACUCAAACUCUGUUUAA